AUGUCGGGGUUAUUUAAUUCAUCACUCAAUGGAUCAACAUCAAAUCUUCCUGACAGCACUGGGCGCCCAUUAACUUCAUCGUUCUCUGGUCAAUCUGGGGCUGCCUCUCCUGUUUUUCAUCACACUGGAAAUAUUCAGGGACUGCAUAAUAUUCAUGGGAGUUUUAAUGUUCCUAACAUGUCAGGCUCACUUGGAUCUCGAAAUACAAUAAUGAAUAAUGUCCCUUCUAGUGGGGUGCAACAAGCUGCAGGCAACCUUUCCAGUGGAAGAUUUGCAUCAAAUAAUCUUCCAGGUGCUCUUUCUCAGAUAUCUCACAGCAAUACACAUGGUCAUUCAGGGAUGGUGAAUAGAGCUGGUAUGAGUGUCAUUGGAAACCAAGGGUAUAGUGGUAGCACAAAUGGAGUUGGUGGUUCUAUCCCUGGGAUUCUCACAACCUCUUCUGCAAUUGGCAAUCGGACUGCUGUUCCAGGUUUAGGCGUUUCUCCGAUUAUGGGGAAUGCUGGCCCACGGAUUACAAGCUCAAUGGGGAACAUGGUAGGUGGGGGCAACAUUGGCAGAAGCAUUAGUUCUGGUGGAGGAUUGUCUGUGCCUGGUCUAGCUUCACGUCUAAAUUUAAUUGCCAACAGUGGUUCUGGAAAUAUGAAUGUGCAAGGACAAAACAGGCUUGUGGGCAGCAUGCUUCAACAAGCUUCUCCGCAGGUAAUUUCUAUGUUAGGCAAUUCCUACCCUUCAGCCGGUGGUCCUCUGUCACAAAACCAUGUACAAACUGUGAAUAACCUUAAUAAUAUGGGGAUGUUGAAUGAUAUGAAUGCCAAUGAUGGUUCUCCUUUUGACAUCAAUGAUUUCCCUCAACUGAGCGGUCGUCCCGGUUCUGCUGGAGGUCCUCAAGGACAAUUAGGUUCAUUGCGGAAACAAGGUCUUAGCCCAAUCGUUCAACAAAACCAAGAAUUCAGUAUUCAAAAUGAAGAUUUUCCGGCCUUACCAGGAUUUAAAGGUGGAAAUACUGACUAUUCUAUGGAGUUACACCAAAAGGAGCAACUUCACGACAGUUCUGUUUCCAUGAUGCAGUCUCAACACUUUCCUAUGGGAAGGUCUACUGGUUUCAAUUUGGGGGGAGCAUACUCAUCUCAUCGGCCACAACAGCAACAACAACAUGCCCCAUCAGUGAGUAGCAGCAUUGUCCCUUUUUCGACUGUAAACAAUCAGGAUCUACUCCAUUUACAUGGUUCAGACAUGUUUCCAUCAUCUCAUUCAACAUAUCAUGCACAGACCAGUGGACCCCCAGGCAUGGGACUACGACCUCUGAAUUCUCCGAAUUCGGUUUCUGGCAUCGGGUCAUACGACCAGCUUAUACAGCAAUAUCAGCAGCAUCAGAACCAGUCUCAAUUUCGCCUACAGCAAAUGUCUGCUGUAGGUCAACCAUAUAGGGAUCAAGCAAUGAAGCCCAUGCAGGGUGGGCAAACCACUUCUGACCCUUUUGGUUUGCUUGGUUUGUUGAGUGUGAUAAGAAUGAGUGACCCUGAUCUGACUUCUCUUGCACUUGGAAUUGACCUCACUACCCUUGGAUUGAAUUUGAAUUCUUCUGAAAAUCUUCACAAAACAUUUGGUUCCCCAUGGUCUGACGAACCUACCAAGGGAGAUCCAGAAUUUACCGUGCCACAAUGUUAUUAUGCUAAACAACCGCCACCUCUAAAUCAAGCUUACUUCUCAAAGUUUCAAUUAGAGACUUUGUUUUAUAUCUUCUACAGUAUGCCUAAGGAUGAAGCACAAUUAUAUGCUGCCAAUGAAUUGUAUAACAGAGGUUGGUUCUACCAUAGAGAUCAUUGUUUGUGGUUUAUGAGGAAUGCUAACAUGGAGCCACUUGUAAAGAUGAAUGCAUAUGAGAGAGGAUCUUAUAUUUGUUUUGAUCCAAACGCAUGGGAGACAGUCCGCAAGGAUAAUUUUGUUCUCCACUAUGAUAUGGACAGAAGUAAGCUCGUGCUUAGUCUAUCUUCUUUUUGGCAACUCUAUGAAGCUGUAUAUGAAGGCCAUCUGCAGAUCUGA